AGAUACUUCAGAGCAUCAACCAAGGUACUUGGAUGUUCUCCGUGGUAUCAUUCUGUCUUCUUGCGGCGGGCUUCGGCUCGUCAUUGGGUGGGAGCUCUGAUUGGACAGAAAAAACCUCACAAUCAACUAUACCGACAAUUAGCGGAUGGUCUUUUUUUACAACUAAAUCUCCGUUAAAUCCAACUCUAUUUACAACGAAACGUCCGGAAUAUGUAACUCUAUCCCCGGUAUAUCCAACUAAAAUUCCGAACUAUACAACAAAACCUCCGGUAUAUCCAACUAAAGUUCCGGAAUAUCCAACGAAAGAUCCGACAUAUCCAACUUUCAAAACUCCGGAAUAUCCAACAAAAGUUCCGGAAUAUCCAACGAAAGUUCCGACAUAUCCAACUUUCCAAACUCCGGAAUAUCCCACUCCUACAAAAUAUCCAGUAUAUCCAUCUCAAUCUCCUGCAUAUCCUACUCAGUACCCUGAAUAUCCGUCUCAAUAUCCUGUAUAUCCCGAUCAGUAUCCAGUAUAUCCGAAUCAGUAUCCGGUAAAACAAGAUCACGAUCCAGUGUAUCCACCACGAUCACCGUUGUAUGGAUGGAGACGUCCGGUAUAUCCAAAAAAAACUCCGGUAUACCCAUAUCUACCGCUAUAUCCGGGUUAUCAACCAGAAUAUCACCGACGCCCUCCAGUAUAUCCUCCGGUGUAUCCGUACGAUCCCGUUGAGGAUAAAAAACCAGGUCCAUAUGACUACGAUGGACCAUAUGAUAAAAACCCAGGUCCAUAUGACUACGAUGGACCAUAUGAUAAAAAACCAAAUCCAUAUGGCACCGAUUGGCAAUAUGAUAAGAAAACAGGUCCAUAUGUCCCCAUUAAACCAGAUGAUAAAAAACCAAAUCCAUAUGGCACCGAUUGGCAAUAUGAUAAGAAAACAGGUCCAUAUGUCCCCGAUAAAUCAGAGGAUAAAAAACCAGGUCCAUAUGACUACGAUGGACCAUAUGAUAAAAAUCCAGGUCCAUAUGACUACAAUGGGCCAUAUGAUAACAAACCAGGUCCAUAUGACUCCGAUGAGCCAUAUUAUAAGAAACCAGGUCCAUAUGAUUACGAUGGACCAUAUGAUAAAAAUCCAGGUCCAUAUGACUACAAUGGACCAUAUGAUAAAAAACCAGGUCCAUAUGACUACGAUGGACCAUAUGAUAAGAAACCAGGUCAAUAUGACUACGAUGGACCUUAUGAUAUAAAACCAGGUCCAUAUGACUACGAUGUACCUUAUGAUAAAAAACCAGAUCCAUAUGACACCGAUGGGCCAUAUGAUAAGAAAACAGGUCCAUAUGUCCCCGAUAAACCAGAUGACAAAAAAACAGAUCCAUAUGUCCCCGAUGUUCCAUUAGAACCUCCUGGACCAUUGGGAAAGUAAAGUUGUCAACAAGACAAGCAAGGCAUCGACGUUGAAUUAGUACAGAUGACAUGUAUCUCAAUACGAAUCGACACGUUAUUGCUAUGUUGACAUACUAAUAAAUAAAUACGAUCAAGAAACAA